GCAAUUCUGACCACGUCUCAUCUAGACUGAAUGUCGCACCAGCCGGAGCCUUGCCAGACUCCACAAUUCAACACUUCCUUGGAACAUAAUCAUCAGGCAGAGCAUGCCGGUGCCCGCAAGUCGAGCAAAGUAAACACGUUGAGACGUUCUAAGGAACGAAAGGGAAGCGCGAGAUGUCUCGACACCAAUGGGAAGACAUGAAGCCCCUCAUUCAACGAAUUUAUAUCGAUGACAACAAACCGUUUCCAUAUCUCGCGCACACUCUUCGCACGGAGCACGGAUUUGCGCCAACGAAACGUCAAUUCUCUCGCAAAGUCGAGGAGUGGGGCUUCCGCAAGAAUGUUUCCCGCUCAGAGAGACGAGAAAUUCUAAAAGAAUUGCUCAGUAACCAAGACCGGAAGAUUUCCGAUAUUAAGGACCGGCGGGUCGGAUCUGGGAAGUUGGAUAACUGGAAGAGGAGAUACCGAAAGGAGAAGAGCCUCUGUGCCUCCCCGCCAACUGUGUAUGGUGGGUCAUCAAACCUUGCGUCGACCGAAGAGUAUGAUGUGGAGAGUAGAUCCCAGUCACCGAUGCCACUGCAAACCGACGAAUGCCACAUCAAAUUUUCAACACAAAAGGUUGGCCCUACUAACAUAGACAUUGAGCCAUCAAGCUAUCCUUUAUGUCAUCGAGACCGGGCCGAAGUGGAUAUACCCGGUUCUCCUGAACUAUCACGCUUGCUGAGCGCCGUCGAAAUGGAAUGCUCCAACUCAAUAUCACCGCCAUCACUUGAGAAAGGUGAUCCCAAAGAAGUGCAAUGUAUCUCGAAUACAGAGUUACUCGACCUUUGGAAUGGAGAAAACAAAUCACUUGUCUACGAAUCGGAGGGUUUGAUCUCUUCAUGCCCGCCCCGCCUCGGUAUUUCUCGCACACACCGGAAGAAAGAGAUGAUAGAAUUGCCGCUGCAGACUUUAGCUUCGGUUUUCUGUGGAUGGACUCCAAGUCCGUUCAAUGAGGUCUAUGUUUUCCCGCCCCAGCCAAAAAAUGCGACUCACAAGCAUCGCGGUCUGGAUCACCUUAUUGGUUGACAUUGAAUAUCCGAGCCGCGGACCUUGAAUCGAAGCUUUCCAAGUUGAAACCACUUUCGGGAGCCGAGAAUUGUAAGAUUCUGACUUUGACGAAGGAGCUGGCAAGAACAUAUGUCGACCAAGGAAGACCUAGCAAAGCGAACACACUUUUUCAACAUUUUGCAAAUACAA